CAAAAAUGGAAAAAAUCGAAGCGCUUGGAUUCAAAUCUUAUUAUGGAUUAAGCCCGAGUAUAAACUUCUUCAAACCUUCACCUGACAUUGCUCUAAACGUUAAUGAUGAUAGCUCUGAACUAAAUAUCCUUUUAUCAGACUGUUCAGAUAUCAGACACAUUUUAAAAUCUCUAAGCGAGAGUUUGCAUCCAGGGACUAACAGAGAAAAUCCCAUAAACAUUUAUAUCCACGAGACAGAUCCCGAGAACUUAGCAAGAGACUUAUUGUUAUUGACUAUUAUAAGUGAAACACAGUUGAGUUUUAGGGAAAGAAUGGAGCUAUUCACAGAUCUUUAUGGAAACACAAUGAUCAGGAGUAAGACUGCUCAGUAUUUGGACGACAUUUCUGUUGAGGUCAGCAGACUAAUCACAGAACACAGAAAAUGCAAGAGUGUUCUCAUGGACUUGAUAGAUUUCGACUCGUUAAAGUUUAAAGAAAGAGAUGAAAUUGAGGAUAUAGUCAACUGCUGGCGCCUUUCAGUUCCUUUUGAUAUUGAAUCUUUAAGAGAUCAGAGACUAAGAGCAUACUUCAAGACUAGAUAUGAUCACAGAAAGAACCUUAUUGAUUGGGACUACAACUUUCACAUUAAGAAGUUUACCAAGUUCGUCGAUAAAGAUAAAUACUUGAAGUUUAGAAUGACUGGAGUAGCUUUUGAAACACGUUUGGCUGAUUCCAAAGUAUCCAACAGGUCAAUGAGCUCUUAUGUAGAAGGAAAGAAGAAAAAGUCUGGAGACAGUUGUCUUGUCAGAGGAUUCUGGGGAGACAUCAUCAACUCUCCUUACAUCCCAAUGGGUAUUGAAGUAGAAAAUGAGGAGGAUAGGAAGAAAUUCGAUAAGGAAUAUAAUUUCCAGCGACCAUACAAUGCCACAGAUAUAGUUGAGUACCACGUAGAAGGGUACACAACCAAACUUGAGACACUUGAAGAAUAUGUUGCUCCCUUUGAAAUCAUUAAAGAAAUAGAGAAUUACAGAGAAAAGAAAAAGAAAGAUAGAGAAAACAAAGUUGAAGAAAUCAAAGAAGAAGAUGAAGGCCAAGAAGAAGAUAAUCCACAGGAAGAGACCAAGGAAGAAUCCAAACAAGAUGCUGAAGAAGAGGCUAAAGAAGUUUCUAGAGAUGACCAAAAGGAAAGAGUUCUUCUAGAAGGAUUUAAAAGACUUAAUGUAAAGAUCCAUCUGCUGACAGGAAAGAUCGAUACUCUUUAUGUUAAGUCAAAGUUCAAGGACCUUUUUAAUAUUGCUGUUCUCUCAAUGCGUUGAUCCGAUAGGAUUAAUAAAGACUUCAACCAACUCCUUGCUAAUGAUUGCUAUAUUAUGAUCGAAAAUGGGCAUAAUUUGGUCAUCUUUGACGAGAAAAACAAGGUUGAUUUUGUCAAGAAGCUAAAAGAACAAACCUGGGAAGCUAACUGGAAGGAACUUGACGAUAGAUAUGCGCACCAUUGAUCAUUCCAAUACUUAGGAGAUGAUGCAGAGAUCCCAGAAUACCGUGAGAUUCCAGACUAUGUCCGCCCAAUUGAUGAAAAGACAGAUGCAAGUACCGAUGAUGGAAAAAGUGAUGCUUAA